ACGCUCGCCCAGAGGCCUGCGCCCACACCUUCUCCUGUCCAGCCCUUGCCCGCCUGGGCAGGGCCCGGCGCCGUCCGUGGAUGAGCCACAGAACCUCUUCCACCUUCCGAGCGGAGAGAAGUUUCCAUUCCUCUUCCUCUUCCUCCUCCUCUUCCACCUCCUCCUCGGCCUCCCGUGCCCUCCCGGCCCAGGACCCGCCCAUGGAGAAGGCCCUGAGCAUGUUUUCCGAUGACUUUGGCAGCUUCAUGCGGCCCCACUCAGAGCCCCUGGCCUUCCCAGCAGCCCACCCCACAGCCCGCCCCGGGGGGGCAGGCAACAUCAAGACCCUCGGCGACGCCUAUGAGUUUGCGGUGGACGUGAGAGACUUCUCACCUGAAGACAUCAUCGUCACCACUUCCAACAACCACAUCGAGGUGCGGGCUGAGAAGCUGGCAGCCGACGGCACCGUCAUGAACACGUUCGCUCACAAGUGCCAGCUGCCGGAGGACGUGGACCCGACGUCGGUGACCUCGGCUCUGCGGGAGGAUGGCAGCCUCACUAUCCGGGCACGGCGUCACCCGCAUACAGAACACGUCCAGCAGACCUUCCGGACGGAGAUCAAAAUCUGAGUGCCUCUCCCUUCCCUUUCCCUGUCCCCCCGCCCCACGCCUGCCAGCAAAGCCUUGCUAACCCCAUUACAACAGCUCCGGGACAUCUCAGCCCAGGUUCUAGCCCCCACGCACCCCAGACCCCAGGUGGACCAUCUUCCCAAACUAGGGCCCUCCACUCUAUCCAGGGCAGGCCAGGGACUCCCUGGCCUGACACAUGAUGCCUAGAUUUCAGAUUUGGCCUCCCUCACUUAAUCCAGAGUACAGGGGCUGGGGUCGGGGAAGGAAGAUCUAAAGAACCCACUGUGGGUCAGGGGAAUGGGACCAGCAGGACAUAUGGGCAAGCUCUGCAGGACAUACAGACAGACAAACCCUCUGAUCUAUGAAGUCUCUGAAGGGCAAGGGGACCAGGGACCUGGAACCCUCUUGGCCAAGGGGAAUGGGAGAGACAGACGGAAGGUCACAGGCAGGGGUGCCUAUCUAAGUGGAACUAAUUGCCCGAGGGCUCAGCAAGGCCAAGAGGAGACAGCCGUGACGGUAAACUUCCCCUCUACCAGCCUCCAAGCCCCAUGCCAGCGAGCAGGCUGCCCGCCCACCCUGUGCCCCCAGCCAGCUGGCUGUGCCAGGGCAGAGCCAUGCCACAUCUGUAUAUAGAUGGGGUUUUUCCAGUACAGCUGGCUCGUGAUAAACUGCAUGAAACUCCUGCCGUCCUGCGCCUGCUGGGGACUCCAGGCAAGGCCACGUGGGGUUGAGGGUGGGGCUGGUCCUUCUCCGUCCCACAGGCCUGUGUUCUUGGGGCUGCUCCCAUGCAGACAGGAUCACCUAACAGAGAUGGAAGCCAGGGCGUGGAUGGGGCUUUGGGUCUUCGAGGUUGGACCCCAGCUUCUUGCCACCUUCCCCUCUGGGCAGUCGCCUCUCCAUCCAUCCCCCUCUUUAAUCUAUGAAUCUAUAGGCUCAGUGUGUGUAACACACACACUCCUAUCAUUGUCCUUCAAAUACUCAGCAUUACCAUUGGUUGAGGCCAAAUUCAGAGCUUUCUCAAAUCCGA